AUGAGAGCUGGUGUGAAACAAAAAGUAAUCCUGCAACCAUUUGCGACAUGUAUUUGUACAUUAAUCAUUUCCGUGCUGUGUGUUCAAGCUGCACAUCAGUCACUCCCAUGCGACAAGUCUCGUAAGGUUUAUUCAAAUUCAUGGGGUGUAAUCACACAUGGCCCAUCGGGAUCCAACUACACGCAAGACUCCCAUUGUGAAUGGCUCAUUAAAGCAAAUAGCAGUCAUCAGUUCAUUACUUUGAACUUUAAGACAAUGGGUACAGAAUGUUCAUACGAUUAUAUAUUUGUAUAUGAUGGUGAUUCCUUCCAGUCAAGUCUCCUGGGAAGUUUUAGUGGAAAAACAGAACCGCAGCAAAUAACUGCAUCAUCUGGUGCUAUGUUAAUUCUACUCUACAGUGAUGCAAAUUAUGUGCUGGAUGGUUUCCGUGCUGAAUACUCAAUUACUGAUUGCCCCAACAAUUGUACAAGACAUGGAGUAUGUGUUGGACAUAUGUGUGUCUGUGAGGCUGACUGGCGUGGUAAAGACUGCAGUAAGGAACUAUGUCCUGAUGAAUGUGGAAGCAAAAGACAGAGGGGCCGCUGUGACCAUGGGAAAGGCUGCAGCUGUCAUCCUCAGUACUCUGGAGAAGCUUGCAGCUUAGAUAAAGCUGAUAACAAAGGCAACAGGUGGCAUUGGCUGUCACGUGCUGAAUCUGGAUUCUCUGCUCGGGCUGCACAUACAGCAGUUUAUUACAAUGAAACAGACUCACUUUAUGUAUUUGGUGGUUACGAUCUGAAUAAAGUGUUGGGUGAUAUGGUGGUCUAUAAAUUCAAAGCAAGUCGCUGGGAAGAUGAAUAUGGAAAUGUGAUAGAUGGAACAUCUACACUUAAAUUACUUAGCCCACAACAGUUGAAAGAGGUUGUUCAUGCAGGAAAGGAGGAGCUGUGGGCCCUGCAACAAAGGAAUUCUUUUCUUGGCAAUAUUUUGCUUGCUAUAUCAGAAAAUUCAACAAUAAUUUCACAUCCUCAACCACCAAGAGAAAUAUCAAGAUACCGUGCAAGAUUGGGUAGGGAUUUAAGGCAUCUUCUGAGAAUGGAAAGAGAUACUUCUGGUGGCCCUUCAGACAGUGAUAAUAAUGGAAAUGAGGAAAUUGAUAAUAUGAGAACUGCGAACUUAUAUGAUGGCAAGGAGAGUGUUCUCACAUCAGUAGCAGAAGAGCAGCCUCUUCAUAAGAUUCCUGGGUUUGAAGAGUACAUUGUAACGGAUGCCCACACACGGGAUCAAAAGCCUCACUUUCCUGUGAAGCCAUCAGCAAGAUACGGCCAUGCUGCCUGUGGGUAUCCUGGAGGCUUCGUCCUUUUUGGUGGAAAACUUGCUACCGGGGAACUCUCCAGUGAGCUGUGGUACUACAAUGUGAAACAACGCAACUGGUCACUCAGGGCAUUCGAUUCAACAGUAACCCCACCAAAAUUAACUCGCCAUACACUUACCCAUGAUACAAGGAGAAACUACAUUUAUCUGUUUGGUGGAAGUACAGAGAAUGGAGAAUUUUCGUCAAAACUUUUCAGCAUAAAACUGAAUUUUGAUAAUCCAGAAGAUGAACAGUGGUCUGAGAUACAUGCACGUGGUGGAAAGGAGCUAGAUGUCCGAAUGGUUGCACAUACAACUGUAUACCACCCACAAACAAACUCUUUGAUUGUCUAUGGAGGCAUUGUGGUAGGUGUUGCUCGUUUCUCAAAGCUGAGUGAUAGAAUGUUUUCCUUUCAACUGGAUAGCAAGCAUUGGUCAGAGGUUCAUUACCCUCGGGCCCAUCUCCGUGACACCUAUGUUCCACGGGAGAGAGCAUUUCAUACAAGCACUAUUAUAGGAAAUUAUCUGGUUGUGUUUGGAGGAUAUUCUCAUCGCCAUAACAAAGAGGAAAUUUGCUAUGACAGUCACAUGUACUUAUACCAUCUGGGCUGUCAUACUUGGGUUAGCCAUGAUAUUUUAGGCGUGAGUGACAAAGCCCAAGACUACCGUUAUCCUAAGCAACAAGGUGUUUUUGCUCAUGCAGCAGAUGUUAGGAAUGGAAAUACAUUGCUUAUUGUUGGUGGUUAUCAUGGAAAUGUGAAUGCUGACCUUUUGGCUUAUGUCUUACCACCAAUGCUGGCCAGCAGGGAAGGUGAAACUUACGAAGCGGAACAAGUAUGUGGCAGACAUCGAAGUUUCAUGGAAUGCACAGCAAAUCCAGAAUGUGGUUGGUGUUCAGCAGAUGAAGUGUGCUAUGGUCGAACAAUUGGAAUAAACUGCACAACAAAUCUACAAACAACUCGUUGUCCUGGGAUAUGUCCAGCUUUGGGAGACUGUCAUUCUUGCUUGAUACAUGGAACAAUGACAAAUCCAAGUGAUCAGAUACCAAAUAAUCAGUAUUCAUCUGCUGCACCAGUAUCGUCCGUUGCCUCUAAGUUAAAUCUUGGUCAGUGUACUUGGUGUGUCCAGAAUGCUCGCUGUCACCACAAAGACGAUAAUUUUGGUGUUUGCGGGCUGAGAGAGGACACACCAUCCCAAGUUCCUGGCUGGUGGGGACCUAAGGGUACGGAGAUAAAAAGAGUUGAAGAAUGUCGAGAACUGGACAGAAGACCUGGACUAACUUUCCUUAAAUAUAAGCACCCCGCCAACUGGUCACAGCCUGACUCGGUUACAAUAAUAAAUGCAACUACUGUUGAUUUCAAUAUGGUUGCUACUAACACACUAAUGGAGAAAAAUUUAGAUGGAGAAAUAAUUGCAAGAUUAUUAGGAUUUCUUCGUCCACCAGAUGUUUGGGGUGAUGGAAAAGAGACAUUGCGCAUGUGUGCCAGUUAUUCAUCAGCCAUUUUGCGAAUGUCUCGUGGAAAUGUUUCUUCUGAAAAUGUGCUGGAUGUGGUUGGGAACUUGACAGCUGAUGCUUCCCAGUGUGUCACUGCACAAUGGCAGAAUGGGACCCCUGCUGUGCUUUAUCCAGGUCGUUAUUUGGUGGAUUUUGAAUCAAGGAACAACGUGAGCAAUGGUCCUCAUCAACAAUCAAAAAUGGAACUUCUGCAUAAUAAAAGUCAAGAAAAUGCUAAGGUAUUCACAUUCGAUUAUUUAGAACCAUAUGAGAAUGGCUCUUGCCAUUUAUAUACAAACUGCUUGCACUGUUUGGAAGAUUCCCUUUGUGGAUGGUGUGAUUUAAACCAACGAUGCAUGUCUAGAAAGUCAAAUGAGUCAGAAGAAUGUGUAUCCCCCGCAUUACCAAAUGAAUGGCGCUACCUUACUCUGCUUCCAUCAAGUUGUGCCAAUUGUUCCAACUAUAUUUCCUGUGAAAGUUGUGUUAGCAGUGGCCUUUGUGAAUGGUGGACAGAGGAUGCUCGUUGUGCAAGGAAAGGGAGAUCACAAGAUGCUGUGAUACAGCAGUCAGAGUGUCCUAUGCCCUGCCACCUGCGAAGAAACUGUUCUCAGUGUUUGGAUGACAGAGGGCGAUGUGUGUGGUGUGAAACAAAACAGGAGUGUUUCUCGUUUUCUAUAUAUACCUCUGAGUACCAGUUUGGACAGUGUCGGGAGUGGGUGGACCAAGUUUAUGUGUUGGCACCUAAUCCUCAAGGACGUGGAAAGCAUGUGGGACUACAAAGCAAUAAUCAGUGCAAGUCUUGCAAGAGGCACACAAACUGUUCCAGUUGUCUACAAAGUUUGGGUUGUGGAUGGUGCUAUAGCCAGGAAAACCCCAUUUUGGGAGUGUGUGUUGAGGGAGAUUUUAGCCAUCCCCAUAUUGACUCCUGCUCUGCUGCAGUAAAUUUGUAUCAUAACACAACACUAGAUAUGAAUGGAACAAGAUGGUCAUAUGCAAUGUGCCCUGACGUGGAUGAAUGUGAUUUGGGACUCGAUGAUUGUCAUCCAAAUGCUGAAUGUACUAAUACACAUGGUUCCUACACUUGCAAGUGCAAACAAGGAUUUAUAGGAGAUGGGAUUCAUACCUGUGUAAAGACUUGUGACAGUGAUUGCAUCCAUGGGUACUGUGGUGGUCCUCCAGAUUAUGUCUGUAAAUGUGAGCUUGGCUGGACAGGUGAAGACUGUGGUAUUAAUUGUGGUUGCAACAAUCACUCUACUUGUUUAGAAGGUGUUGGGAAAUGUGACAGUUGCCAUGAUUGGACUGAAGGAGAAUUUUGUCAGUUUUGCCGGCCAGGAAGUUAUGGUAAUGCAACCAGUAGUGGUUGUCAGUUAUGCAAUUGUAAUGAGCACGGGAACUAUAGUAAAGGAAUAUGUGAUCGUCAGACAGGCGAAUGUUUUUGCCAAGACAAUACAGAAGGUCAAAAUUGUGAAAGAUGUAAGAAGGGCUAUUAUGGUGAUCCAAGACAUGGAGGCAUGUGUUAUUAUGAGUGUGCAUCUCGGGGAAUGCUCACUGGAUUAGAAAGUCAAGGAUUAGGCAGCCGUCUUGGACAACUAACUCCAUGGGAACAACGCCAACGUACUAUACCAAUUCAUGAAUGCCUGUGGAUUGUAAGCCCAUUUGAUGUUCAGAACAAGUCUGUAACCUCUCAUCCAAGCCAGUCCAGUGUGGUGCAGUUUACAAUCCAUGAUGAUAUUAAUGUCAGCUGCCAGGAAAAUAGCAUUUAUGUUUAUGAUGGUUUACCAGAUUUCAUGUCAGCAUCAGGCAGCCAUCAGAAUCAUGUACUGGGAGUAUUUUGCUCAGCAGAUACAGAAUACCCUGUAACUGUUGAGGCAAAAUCAGGUAUUUUAACAGUUUAUUAUAAACAAGCUGACUUGUCAGAGGGAUUUAAUGCCAGUUACACAGUGAAGACAUGUGAGAAAGACUGUAGUGGAAACCAUACUUGUCAUAAUGAUCAGUGUGUUUGUAAAGAUGGCUGGACUGGAUCUAAUUGUUCCAUUGUCAUGUGUCCUCGAAACUGUAGUGCCAACAAAAGUCAAGGUGUUUGUGACAAAGCAUACGGCCAGUGUAUAUGCAGUGCAAAUUUUGGCGGCGAGGACUGUUCUGUGGAGCUAAAUAAUACACAGCUAGUGUUUACACAACUGUUUGACACUAAUCGAAUAUCUGAUAGUUUGGAGCAUUUACGAAAAACUAUUCCACGCUUUGGCCAUAGUGUAGUGGCAGACAGGAGAGGUUCAUUGUGGAUGUUUGGAGGCUAUUCACUGUCUAAUGGACCACUUAAUGACAUCAGAUUGUUUGAUACAAGGAACAAUACAUGGAUACCUGUCACAGUAGAUUCCACCAGAGAUGUAAAUAUGCCACAGGGCCGCUAUUUUCAUGCAGCUGAAAUUGUGCACACAACCCAAGACAUUUAUGUAUAUGGUGGCUUAGCAGAAAAGGAACAUGUAACAGGCUUAUCACGAAACGUAUUGAAUGAUUUUUGGAAAUUCAGCCUUAAGAACCAAAGAUGGACUGAUAUUAAGAUUGAAAAAUGUCCACCUCCACUUGCUGGCCAUACACUGACUUUGCACCGUGGACUCUCAAGUGAGUCUGAAAGCUUGGUGUUGAUUGGAGGAUUCAACCCCAAAUAUGGAUUUAUGGAUGUCAUUUGGGAAUAUGAUAUUGGUUCAAAUAUAUGGAACAGCCUGAAUACUUCAGGAAGUGGACCCAUAGGAAUUUAUGGCCAUAGCACUGUAUACCAUAACCCAACAGAAAGCUUCUAUGUAUUCGGAGGCUAUAUAUUUGAUUUCAACAGCUCAUUUAUAUCAAAUAAGCUCUACUCUUUUCAUUAUCCAUCACAGAAGUGGUCAGUUCUUCCAACCUUUGAGGGUUAUAAUCCAGCAUCGGACCUCUUGCCUCGGGCAAGAUUUUUACAUUCUGCUAUUACAACUGAUGACUAUAUGAUUGUAUUUGGUGGAAGAACAAAUCCACACAAUACCACAGAUUCUCUUAUGGCAUACUCAUAUAUAUGCAACUACUGGAUCAGAUUAUUGGCUAAAGAUGUUCAUGUAGUCGGUUCCCCUCCACCAGCCACAUAUGCUCACGGUAUGACAUAUGACCCUGAAAAUGGCGCAGCAUAUGUAAUUGGUGGUUUUGACGGAGGAGUGCAAAGUCUCGUAAUAAAAAUUGUAUUUCCCAGAGAUCUCUGUAACUUAUUGACAAGUAAGGACAGAUGUAUUACAUCUGUGGGUUGUUCAUACUGUGAAGUGGCACAUAAGUACGGAGAAACUACUUCAGUGUGUUAUUCAAACAGCCAGCCACUUGCUGACAGUUGCGAGAGCUCCAAUGGAACCAUUAAAACCAACAAUGGUGUUAUGUGUAAUGCAGAAUGGUUUGCAGGAAGAACAUGUGAGCAGUAUCAAAGCUGCACCGACUGUCUUGCAAAGUGGCCUAGCUACUCCACAGAAAUGAAGGUAUGUGGUUGGUGUGCAAAUUGUAAUUCUCCAAAAUGUGGAGCAGUGGAGGACUUAGAGGACAAAAAAGACACCAAAGAAAGAAUUACUGAUGUUGAACAGUGUCCAGAGAAAAUGUGUCCAGCAUCUGACUGUGAAAAGUGCCUAGAUACAGGUUCAUGUAUCUGGACUAGACAGGUGCAGCAACAUUCUGAUGAUUUCAGAGCAUUAGUGAAUCAGGAACCUAUUUUUAACUGGAGUUGUGUGCCUGAUAGUAUUCCCAAAAGGUCGUCCAUAAAAAUUGAGUCAGCUCCACCGGCUUCUUGUCCGAAUCGCUGCAGUGAGUACAAGGAUUGUCAGAGUUGCUUGAACACUACGGGAUCUGAAGGUGGAUGGCACGAAUGUCGUUGGUCAGUGCAACUUAAUGAGUGUAUUUCCCCUAGUUACCAACCUCUGUACUGUGCUGGUGGUGUAUGUGGUCUGGUAUUAAGAGGUGAUGACAUUGAUCAAUGUCCAGAACAGUGUUCUUCAUUCACACAGUGCUCAACUUGUCUGAAGCAUGCACAUUGUGGGUGGUGUGCUCUUUCAAUGAGUAAUGUCACAGGGCUUGGAGUGUGCACUGAAGGAUCCCUUGACAGUCCUUCAGAUAGACCUUCCCAGGAAACAUGCCGUGCACUCUACUAUAAGCAGCAAGCUGAAAUGUCAGAACAGUUGGGCCUGAACAGCUCUUCGGUGGUAUUGGCAAGCAAAAAUGCAUCUGACUGUUCAGAGGAUGACCUAGAUUGCCCUACAUUUUCAUGGCAUUAUGUGAAAUGUCCUCCAGAGAAUGAGUGUCUAAAUAACCACCAUACAUGUGACAAUAAGUCAGAGAUAUGUGUAGAUGCUGUGGAAGGAUUUACUUGUGUAUGUGGACAAGGAUAUAAGGAAGAAAGAUCUACAUGUGUACCAGUAUGCUCUAAAGGCUGUGUUAGAGGUGUGUGUGUUGAACCCAAUAUCUGUCACUGUGACUUUGGGUAUGUUGGAUCAAACUGCAGCAUUCAGUGUCAGUGCAAUGGACAUUCAAACUGUGCUGGACCAGACAGACUUGAUGAAUGUAUUGAAUGUCAUAACAAUACACAGGGACGUCAAUGUGAAAAGUGUAAGCCUCUUUAUGUUGGUGAUCCAACAAAUAAUGGCCAGUGUGUGCCUUGUUAUGAAUUCUGCAAUGGACAUGCCGAUAUAUGCGUUGACGUUAAUAUGGCGACAAAGGUAUUUCGUCCGGAUCAUGAGCUACGAUAUCUCCUUGAUCAAUUACAUGAAGGUCCAACAAAUUUAGCUAAAUGCAUAAAUUGUGCAAAUAACACAACAGGUGACCGAUGUGAUGAAUGCAUAUACGGUUAUUUCAGAGGAUCCACAGAUGCUUCUGUAGCUUGUCGGCAAUGUGAGUGCCAUGGUCAUGGAGAUACAUGUAAUCCAGUAACAGGAGAAAAAUGCAAUUGCCAAGAUAAUACUGAGAGUGAUGUGUCAAACUGCAUUAGCAACAUUGGUAGUCUUGGUAAAACUAGCCCAAGUCAACAAGGCCAACCACCUCCAUGUUGGACGCAACAGUGCACAAAAUGUAAGGAGUCAUAUAUGGGAACACCUAAAGACGGUCACCAGUGCUAUAAGCACAUGCUUGCAGACUCACAGUUCUGCUUUGAUGCCAAACAAGUUGAAGAAUGCAGAAUGAAGCCUCACCCUCUGAAGCCAGGAAAGGUGUCGUUUUUUGCUAUACAACCAAAAUUUCUGAAUGUGGACAUACGUGUCAUUGUAGAUGUGACUCAAGGAGCUCUAGAUUUCUUUCUCAGUGCAAGUGAAAAAACUUUCAUUGUGAGGAAUAUCAGUGGAGAACAGAAGGUUGACCUGGACAAACUAUUCCAAUACUCAUUAGUGGAUACCACUGAUAACGCAGCGACUGAAAUAAGAAUGCUUGAUGAUCCACUGCCAGUUUACACUGCAGAAGUGAUUCGAAAUAAUCUUUGGCGAAAGCACAAACUUCUCAUUCUUGAAGCUCUUCCAGAAAGUCUUACAACAUAUAUAACAGUGACAGAGAAAAAUACGAUAUUAAUUGUGCGUAAUGUACAUAACAGAUUGGUCUUAACAUUGCCCCAAGAUAGCCAUGAACUCAACAUGACAAAGUUUUACAUGGCUCUUGUUGCAAGCACGUCUGGGAACAAUACUUCCAAUGUCGCAUAUGGUACAAUAUUUUUCAGACAAGACCAACUUCACAUAGACUUAUUUGUUUUCUUUUCGGUCUUUUUCUCUUGCUUCUUCCUCUUUCUUGCUGCCUGUGUUGUAGCAUGGAAAGCCAAACAAGCAGCGGACUUACGACGGGACCGCCACAGACACGCUGUUGAAAUGUUACACAUGGCGAAAAGGCCAUUUGCAUCUGUUACUCUACUUCUGGAUUCUCUAAAUGAUGACAGUGACCAGCUGCAGAUGCUGCCAUCUCCUUCAUCAGCACAGUCACCUCAUAGGAGGAGGUUGCGGAAGCAGCCACCUGUUACUGUGGGAGACGUAAGACCAGUUGCUGUUGAACCAACAGAUGAUGGUGUCGCUGCUGUUGGGACACUGUUUGUUCAGCUCCCAGGGGGAUCUGAUGCACCUGUUCGUUUAGCAUUAGCAUCGUCACUUAUUCUUCUCGCACGUGUUUAUCCUUUAAAUGGAAGAGCAUUUCUUAGGCGCAGAAGUAGUCAUGCACCGACAUAAGAUGUAUAACAGUAUUUCUUACAAUUUGCAGAAUGUAGUGUACACAGAUCAGAACCCGUGCAGUCAUUUUCAAAUACAUAUCUUCUGUACCAAAGGACUCACAUUCUUCCUCAUGUCCAUUCCAAACAUUUUGUUUGAAACAGCAAGUAUUAUUACAGAAGUUAUAGUUGUGUGGCCUGCUAGUUUUUGGGUUUGAGUAAUCAGUAAGCUAUGCACAAAGUAUUUCUAAGACCUGUGACUGUGAAACAAAAUAUAUGUAAUAAUGCUGGAGCACUUCUGUUCCUUAAGUUCAGGUUAGGAAUAAAAACAACUGAAUGCAGAGGAAAUGUUGCAUGUUUAAAUUUUGUUCUGAGAAGGUCGUCAUAAAAAUUCUGGAAUUAAUAUGUACAUUUUUGAAUUGUAAAUAAGAUAACUCCCACAACUACUUAAAUAAUGAAAUGAAACAUGCAUCUGCUUUAAAAACUUGUUAGAUAUGUAGAUUAGUAUCUAAUGAAAAGGCAAGCUCUCUGUGUUAUUUUUUUCUGAUUAAUGAUGGUACCUAUAUUAGUAAGAUUAUUCUAUAAUAAUUUUCUCCAUAUUGAGAUUUUGAGUCACUCCACCACUGUAUGGUAGCUGGUGAACAGAACAGUCCAUUUGCAAACAGUUUUAGUAAGAACGACCAGUUUUGACAGUAAAGAAUGUCAUUUAAAGCAGCUACAGAUACCUGAAUAAUAAAUAAGCAACAAUAUGUGAGUAAUAAAGUGUAAGGGAGAUAAUCAAACAAAGGAAAAUCUGGGAUGAAAUAAUGACAAUAUUAUGAAAAGGAUGGAUUGAUACUCACCAUGUAGGCACAACAAAAGGACUUUCAAACUAGUAAGCUUUCAGCCAGAAAGACCUUCACUGGAAUUGAGAAAAAACACACACAAAUGCAAAUGCAACUCUAACAAACAUGACCACAAUCGUGGGCUGCUGUUUGCAGUCUUGACCUCAGCAGCCAGAGACUGUGGUCAUCUGUGUGUGAGCUGCUUUUUCAUGAGUGUGUGUAUAAGUGUUCUCUAAUUCCGAUAAAGGCCUUUCUAGCCAAAAGCUUGAUUGUUUGACAGCCUUUUUGUUGUCCUUAUGUGUGACUCAGGAUCCUGUCUAUAUGGUGAGUAGCAAUCUAUCCUUUUCAUAAUUUUACUGUAA